AUGUCUCGCCGAUUCUUUACCACCUCAGCUGCUGCUCACGCUAUAAAACGAAUCAUUGGAUACCCAAUCGAGAAGCUUGAGCCACAAUGGAGAUCUGCUGUGGAAACCUACAAGAACAAUGGCGCUAAAGAGAGGACGGGACAAGAUGUGAAGGCAGUUCUGAUCAACUGUCCUGCUGAUGGCUCCAGCCCCGUCCAUACUUCUAGGUACAACCCAAGCGACAAAAGAGAGAUAAUCAGCGCCAAGAUGAAACUGGCAGAUGGUACUAUUGCACCGGGCACUCAUCAUAUAUUUGUUGAUGGAAAAGGCACCUCCAGAAAGGGUCAAACGCCAAAGUAG